AUGGUUGAUACGCGAGGGGGAGAUGGGGACUUGGCUGUUCGACAAGUUGAAGAACAAGACGAGAUCUUUGAAGAUCGUGAACCGGGCUCUCAGCCCCCUGUUCGAGUCCCGAAUAUGGCCCCAGCUGCAGCCUGGGCUGCCGCUCAACCUCCGCCCCCGACUCGCCAGCGUGGCAAGCUUAUGAAGCCAAUUCAGAGUCGCAGCGUUGAACCCUACAUAGUCGGACUCGGCGAAAAGGAUACAUCUGGAAACCUACGUGUCUUGAUUCGAUUCCCUGGGGCUCUAGCUUCCAAAAUCUGCAGUCUACCCAAGAAGAUCUCGGCAUCGCGUCCUCGCGCCUCUCCACCGGUGAAAUCUCGAAAGGGCCCAAGGCCUCGUGACGCUUCUGGUAACGCCGUCCCAGGAACAUCUUCAACUCCACGACACUCGUCACAAAAGGCUACGUGGGGACCUCGAGCAGGCAGUAGCUCGCGGUAA